AUGUCUACAAUGAUCUCUACCAUGUACUCCACAGCCAUGUCACAACAUAUUCCACAGAGCCUGUUAUCGUCACCAACGGUAAGAGUCAGCUCUCCUGGUCUUGGAAAGCCUUCAUUUUCUCACAUUGAACAUGUAUCCAAGCCCACUACUGCCAAGGUCCUUCCUUUAAAGGAUCUUAUAGCCAAGAACUUCUCUGAUAUGUAUGCACCAGAAGUUCUUGCUGACCCCAGAUUACUCAACGAUAUUGGUCGACCCAAAUUCACUGAUCGUGCUAUUGUUGACUGGACAGUCAACGACGUGCGAUCUCUGUUAAUAGUGUGUGAAUUACAACCGGAAUGGAACGGAGUUUUACCCGUGGUUCAAGAGUCGGGUUACAGAAUGAUGCACUUGCCAUUGAACGCUUCAAACGAGCAGAUUGUUGAUACUUUAGUGUCUUCAGAUAUUUACAAGGAGCACAAUUUUGACAAGCGAUUCCUUGUUCAAACUGCUCAAUACACAGUUGAAGCUGCUCGUCGCAGAAUUGUUGGUAACCAAGCUAAUGGGAACGAGUUUGCGCCAUUAAGCAAACCUGAAUGGAGAAACAUCAUUGAAAACUAUCUGUUAAACCUGGGAUGUGAAGCUCAAUGCCGAUUGGAUUAUAAGAGAGUUUGCAUGCAACUCAAGCGCCAGAAACAAGCUCUUGCCAAAGAAACCUCAUCGCAUUCAUCCUCGUCCAACUCGCUUCUCAAGAAAGCCCUCCUUGCAUCCUCGUCCACGUCUCCCGACUUCCCCUCGUACCUCAAGAAUAACAUGAACUCACAAAAGCCCAAGCCCAGUCUUACCCGCCACGAGAAACAAGUGGUCUGGGUCCAAGUGCAAUCCCAGCUCUACCAACGCCUGGGACUCGACUGGGAAGCCGACGAGCUCGUCUAA